ACAAACAGACAAGCGGCAGAAGCGGGGAGUUUUUCCGGGCUGGCGGUUGGUGUUGUUCCCGCUGUUCGGUUUGUUCAUGUCCGAUUUAUGGAUUCCUGGGUUCAGCCGGGCCCCUGGGGUCACUCCCUCCUCCUCCUCCCCCUGGUGCUGCUCUUGGCGGCGGCCGGGACUCUGGCCCAGGAGGAGCCGCUGCUCGAGGCCCCAGCUGCCUGGGUCCGCGGGAUGAAGCCGUUCCCGGCGGCAGCGGCGGGAGGAGGAGCCGGGAUCGAAGCGGUUGUGGAGGACGAUGAGGCGGAGGAAAGCGAGGCGAGUGGGAAUGAGAAGCCCAGAUCCCUGGUUAUCGUAAGCAUGAUGGAUGGGCGCAUUGCAGCACUGGAUCCAGAGAAUCAUGGGGCCAAAUGCUGGGAGCUCGAUGUGGGCGCUGGUUCUUUAGUCUCAGCCAGUCUCAGUAAGCCUGAGGUCUUUGGGAACAAAGUAAUAAUUCCGUCCCUGGAUGGCCACCUUUUCCAAUGGGACCGAGAUCGGGAGAGCAUGGAGGCAGUUCCUUUUACAGUGGAGUCACUGCUGGAAUCAUCCUACCGACUUGGUGACGACGUGGUCUUGGUCGGAGGGAAGUCACGGACAAGCUAUGGCUUGGACGCGUACACUGGAAAGAUGCGCUAUGUCUGCUCUGUGGGUGGUUGCCGCCGCUGGGACGAAGAGAUGACCGAACAGGAAUCAGACCUCCUGCUACUGCAGCGUACACAGAAAACAGUCAGGGCUGUGGGCCCUCGAUCUGGUGCCGAGAAGUGGAACUUCAGUGUUGGGCACUAUGACCUAAUGUUUAUUCGAGAUUCGGCAUCGGGAAUCAACUACAUUGAGAGUAGUUCUAGUGCCAGCAGUAAGAAGGGCCAAUCAAAGAUCUUCUCUGAAGGGGACAAGGAAGCCACUGUAAAAGACCGGGUCAUAAAGGUCUCUGUCUCAGACUGGAAGGUGAUGUCUUUUAGCAACAAACGAGGUGGGCAACUUGAGUGGGAGCACCAGUUCUGUACUCCAGUCGCAUCAGCCUGGUUGGUAGAGGAUGGGGAAGUGAUUCCAGUCAGCCUCUUCGAUGAUGCCAGUUACUCCGCUAGUCACGGCAAUGAAAUGGAUGACGAGGAAGAUCUGGUGGAGGCGGCAAGAGGAGCAGCCGAGUCGGCAGAGUCUGGUGUCUAUCUUGGCAUGUACAAGGGACAGCUGUAUAUGCAGUCGUCUGUUAAAUUGUGCGACAAAUUCCCAUUGAUGGUAUCGGCCAUUGAGGACCCUGGGGACAAUGGAGUCACGCCUUUGCCUAAUGUCAGAUGGAAGCCUCUAAUCCAUUCACCGGCUAGAACACCAGCAUUGAUCACGUCUGACGAGCAUGAUAAAUGCCUCAUCAAUGAUAGACAUUCUCACGAUGAAUAUAGUAAUGGAGCUUUGUCAAUUUUGCAGUACCCAUACGACUAUGGUUUUCAUUUGCCUUACUAUGUGAGAGAGAGAAGCAAGCGGAACACGCAGAUUUCCAUCAGACUCUUCGACUCCAAGAGGGUGAAGAAGAAAAUGAAAAGUAAAGAUCCCAUUCUCCUGCUGGAAUGGUGGAGGGAGAUUGCUGGCACCAUCCUCUUCUGCAUCUUUGCAACUACCUACAUUGUUCGUAAGCUCGUCCGACAUCCAGCCUCAGUCACACAAAUGAAAGAGUCAGAAUCACCAUGCCAGACUGAUAGCACAAGCGAGGCAGCUGUAGGAGAAGUCAAGAUCGAGCUGGGAAAUUCCUCUGGGACAGCUGACUACGUGUCCAGGUGCCUUACUGACUUUGAGUUGGUUCAGUGUCUUGGUCGUGGAGGUUUUGGUGUUGUGUUUGAGGCAAAAAACAAAGUCGAUGAUUGUAAUUACGCCAUCAAGAGGAUUCGACUCCCGAAUCGUGAUCAGGCAAGGGAGAAGGUGAUGAGAGAGGUGAAAGCACUGGCUAAACUGGAGCAUCCAGGGAUUGUCCGCUAUUUCAACGCCUGGCUGGAGACACCACCUGAAGGCUGGCAGGAGGAGAUGGACAAGCAGCUGCUGAAAGAUGAAGGCACUGAUUGGCCUGCGAGUUCUCCAGAUAUUCCUUCUGUUAACCGGCCAAAGCUUCCAGUUGUGGAAAACUGUUCACUUAGAUCUACGCCAUCGGUGAAGUUCAGCUCCUACUCUGUGAUUGCUGCCGAUCAGCCUUCUUCAUCGGAGCCAUGUGUGUGUUUGGACCUCUCCACAGAAUUCAGCCAGCCUCUGGGACACCCCCAGUGCGGCCAAGAUAGUCUUCUGUCUGAGUGUGAAAGUGAGGGCAAUUCUGACCUGGCACAUUCUUUCGAAUUAUUCCCUUCAGCUGCCGGUAGUCUUGCGAACGAGGACAGGACUGCGUCCUUUGACGUGGUGUUUGAAGAUUCCGGCUGUGACCGAGCAUCUGAACAUGAUCUGGACUUGGAACUGUUGAGCCACAGUACGAGCUGUGGCGUGAAACAAGCCACUACUUCCCAGGUACAGACAACGAGUAGAACAGAGAGCCUGGGUUCCAGAAAUAUUUUAUCAUGUUCUCCGCCGAGACCCACCUCAUUAAAUCUGAGCCUGCGUAAAGACCCAGAAGAGAAAGCAAAACCGAACUCGCCUAAAGUUUACUUGUACAUUCAGAUGCAGCUCUGCAGGAAAGAGACUCUGAAGGACUGGAUGAGCGGCCGGUGCCAGAUGGAGGACCGGGAUCGGACUGAGUGUCUAAAGAUAUUUUUACAGAUGGCUGAUGCUGUCUGCUUCUUGCACACCAAAGGACUAAUGCACAGAGAUCUUAAGCCUUCAAAUAUUUUCUUUACAUUGGAUGACGUGGUGAAAGUUGGUGACUUUGGGCUGGUGACUGCAAUGGACCAAGAGGAAGAGGAGGGGUCCAUACUUACACCAAUGCCAGUGUAUGCUAGACACACAGGGCAGGUGGGCACUAAGCUCUAUAUGAGCCCAGAACAGAUAUCUGGAAAUACUUACUCUCACAAAGUGGACAUCUUUUCUUUGGGCCUGAUCCUGUUUGAAUUAUUGUAUCCAUUCAGCACGCAAAUGGAGAGAGUCCAGACAUUAACAGGAGUUCGCGAUUUGAAGUUCCCCUCCUUAUUUCUUGAGGAAUAUCACCAGGAGCAUGACAUGGUGCAACAAAUGCUUUCUCAUGAACCUGCUGAGCGUCCUGAGGCCAUAGACAUUGUCAACAACCCACUCUUCGAGAGCUUUGACAUUCCUGAAAAGCAGCUGCUGAGGCAGAGAUCACGGACACUCAGUUCCAAUGGAGCCAAGGCUCUGAGGGCAUCUGUCUCCUAACAGCGGGAUGUCGACCGGACAGGCGGCAGGUUCUUGAUCUCGGAUAUCUUCUGUUUUGUUUAUCCUGACGCACUCGGCGUUUGCGAAAGGUUACAAGCUACAUUCUCAUGACUUUUGGGGAAAAAAAAGUUGCCAAAAGUUUAAAGACCAACUGAUGGGAUACUAAGACCCUUCCACCACGUUUUACAUUGUACAUCCAUACUGAAAUCUGAAAUGUUUUUAAAAAUGUGACCAUUUGGAUGAUUGCGUACCCGAAGCGACGAUGGGUGUAGAUCUGACCAGAGAUCCGGUUCUGCCUUGAGAGCACUACGGUUGUGUAGGCGCCAGUUAAUUUAUCACUGAUUCCAUAAGCACAUACGUUGGGAUUCCUUUUCUGCAUGCACGUGUAGAUAGAUCAGAUGUGUAAAAUUCAAGGGAAAGCGACAACUGGAAUGUCCAGUCAGCAUGCAGCUUUAAACUGCUGAGCGGGCUGGGUGGUGCUUAGAGUGCUCCUUGUGUCCUUCUGUUGAAGGGCAUUUAUCCAGCGCGUAGCUCUAACCUGAAUUGUUGGAAACACGAGCAACGCUGCCAUGUGAGUUUCAGUCAUUAUUUUAAAACAUUCAAAAAACACGUGGGCGAGGGGCGGAGAGUUUGUUCGACGGGCUGUAGCAAACCGUGGAGAUAGAAUGUGCUUAUGUUGCUGUGAGGGCACAAUGGUAUAUAUAGAUACAGCAACUGUUGGCUGAGCAUCAUCAAAACUGGUCAAGAGGAGCUAAUGGAUUUUCAACUAAUCUUUGCCUUGCUGUGCAAGUUUCGUAGUGAAAGAGCAAUUUAUGAAUUCUGAAUGUUGCAAAAUAUAUGUCUUUACAUUUGACAUUUUGUUAACAUUGCUAUACUGAUUGAAGGCACUUCAAUUUUUGUCAUAUGAAUAAGUUCCUUGAAUUUUUGACCAAUUGAAAAAUAGAUGAACGUACUGACAUUGCCCAUGUGCCAUGAUGCUUGUCUCCCUAGCUCUCCAAUGCCUUGAUGGGCCAGGUCUGCGAAGCACAAAACAGUAAAGGCCAGAAGGUCCCUGGCUCCAUUUCCAUCAGUGUCCAGCUGGCUGCUCUUAAUUGCAGUACUAUUGCUUCAGCACCUGUGGGCUAUCGGAGGAAAAAUAUCAGCCAGGAUUCCUGCUCCUGAUUGACAGAAGACUUAUCCUGUAAAGAGCUUACAAGCACAUUCAUUGUCUGGACUGAUGUGGAAAUAGGUGCUUGGGCUGGGACUGGGGUGUGGUGGUGAAGUGAAAAACUGAACUCCUUCCUCUUGUCAUAUUGACUAGGUUGAUUCCAAGCACAUGGUUGCAGUUGAGUAUUCAACUCCAUUUUCUUUUGUUAAUUACCUAAACAUUGUUCAGCCUAUAGGCCUCCUAUCAAGUUUCUAAAAAAUGCUUAUUGCAAUAAAUCAUCUGUGCUUGGAAGUCUGUCUAAUUUACUUAUUCCUGCAGGAUCAUAUCUGGCUGUUAUAUCAUUUUGUGCAUGUAAGAUGGCGGAAUUGUGUUUUUUCCUGUGUCCGAUAGUAGAUCUCUUAAAAUCUUGCCAAUUCACAAGAUUUAUAUACCAGUGUGUGUUAGCCAUUAUUUUGGCUAAUAGAGGGGACCCAUUUAGUUUAUGUUCACAUUCAGCCUGAAGAAAAGCUGUUUAUUGUAUGGGAUUGUCACCAAUGAAAAAACCACCCCAUCUUAUUCAAAAGCAUGUAUAAACCAACAAAGAUUGUAGCAGCCUCCCUCAAUAAGUAUACAAAAAUGUCAUCAUACUGAGUUAAGAUCCAGGCAAUGAAAAUAUGUUGGGAAGAGAGCAGAAAUGGAAUUGGUGCUGGAAUUAACAGUUGCACAGAUAGUUAUGGAGGUGAAUGUGCUACCAGAUUGGAAUGUCUUUUGUCGCUGCGCUUUUCAUGUCAUAAAAAUCUCUUGUUGGAGAAUUGUGAGCUUUUCAAGUCAAAUAAAGUUGAGCCUAAAAUCAAAAUGUAUGGGUCUGUCAGAUCCGGGGAGAAAGGUCCAGUAACGUUAUAGGGUCAAUCGCUCAGAACAACAGUGAAAAUAAACAAGCAUCUGGUAGAAAUGUGGAAAGAGAAGUGGAACAGGGAAUAACAAUAAAAUUAUAGAUGCUGCAAUCACAGGAAGAUCGUGGGCUGAAUUUUUUAAUUCGUGGGUGGGAUAUGGGCAUCACAGGCUAAACCCAGCAUUUAUUAUCCAUCCUUAAUUGUCCUUAAGGUGGUGGUGAGCUGCCUUCUUGAACUGCUGCAGUCCAUGUGGUGUAGGUAC